AUGACAGAAUUGGGAAAUUAUCUGAUAGGUUUAAAAUAAAAAUACAAUUAUAACUUUAGGAAAGACAAUAGGAGAGGGAACCUUUGGAAAAGUUUGCCAAGCUAAACAUUAAAUUUUGGGACAUGAGGUUGCUGUGAAAAUUUUAGAAAAAAACAGAAUUCAUGAUGAAUUGGAUGUUGAGAGAGUCAAAAGAGAAAUCAAGAUCCUAUAAAUGUUACAUCAUCCCAAUGUUGUCCAACUGUAUGAGGUUACUGAAUAUCAUGAUAAUUAGAUGAUUGAAACCGAAACACACAUUUAUUUGUUUAUGGAAUAUGCAGAGGGAGGAGAGUUAUUUGAUUAUAUAGAUUAAAAGAAAAGGUAUAUACUUAAUAGAAAGUGUAUUAUAGAAUAAAUGAAGUUGAAGCUUGUAAAUUCUUGCAUGAAAUGAUUUCAGCAAUCUAAUACAUCCAUUAAUUGAGAAUAGUUCACAGGGAUCUAAAGCCAGAGAAUUUAUUGUUAACUGCAAAAAAGAACAUUCUAGUAGUGGAUUUUGGGUUAAGCAACAUCUAUGAAGACACUCUGAAAACAGCAUGCGGAAGUCCUUGUUAUGCAGCACCAGAAAUGAUACAAGGGAAACCAUAUAAUGGAUUAUAGACAGACCUUUGGAGUUGUGGAGUCAUACUGUAUGCUAUGGUUUGUGGAUAUUUACCCUUCGAGGACAACAACACUUAGGUGUUAUAUAAAAAGAUACUGACAGCCGACUUCCAUAUCCCUCGAUAUGUUUCAUUAGAUGGAAAAGAUCUAAUCAAGAAUAUCCUUACAGUAGAUCCUAGCAAAAGAUAUAAUAUAGACUAAAUUAAAGCACAUAAAUGGUGGCAAUUAUGGAAAUCAGAUGUAAAUUUAAUUCUUUAUUUUGUUUAGUAUGUCUAGGUUUCUCCAUUCAAAGCAUCUUUCAAUAAAAUCUCCUACACUCUAUUGCCCAACAGUAUAUACCAGCCGAGUCUCUCUAAAAAUGCAGCAGAAGAUGAAAAAACAUGUUGUGAUGUGGUUGAAGAAUCGAAUUAAAUUCCACAAUUUGAAAAAUAAGAUUCUAGUAAUUAAUUAAAGAUUUAAGAGGAUUCUUAAUAAGAAUAAGAGAUUGAUUAUAACGACUACCUAGUGAAUGAUUUAAAUAAAUAGCAAACGGCCUCAGAAUAAUAGGAAAAAUAGGAUACUUACGAUUAUCAAUAAUCAGUUAGAUCUCUGACAAGAUAAAAAUCAAGCAAAUCAAUAUAAUCUAUCGCACGUCUUCAAACUUAAAUAGAAUCCCCUCAAAAACCAAUUAUUUUAUAACCUAAUAAAUAGUCAACUCAAACAUCCCAGAACAAAGGGACAAAACCAAUUACAAAAAAAUCCGUGCUUACUUAAUAAUAACAAUAAGCAAUCCCCUAAAAGAGGCCUAUUGCAAAAACAGGUCCGUCAAAAUCUUUACAUGAACCUCCGAAUUUUGAAAAUAAAUUCAUGAAACAAACUAAUACAUCAAAUCUGAGAUCAACUAAUACAACUAAUUCGAACAACAACUCCUUUCAUAUAAGUCAUUAAAUGAAGACUGAAAUACCAAAAAAGACUUCGAAUCCUCCUCCAAAGUUGAGUGCCAUAUAGGAGUAAUUUAAAGAAAACAAAGAAAAGUCUCAUUCAUUAAAAACAUAACCUAAUUCCUAUAAAUAACAAUUAGAAUAACAAUAAAUACUAAAUAAAGCAUAAACCUAAAUUAAAAGUUCAACCAAAUAAGGAACUUAUCAAAUAUCUUCGAUUAAAAAGAGCCUCCAUUAAAAAUAAGCAAUAAGUGAAUAAAUUGAAGGUUAAUAACCAUUAUUAACGUAACAAUCAGCGAUAGAAGACAAUAAUACGGUAUAGUUCGAGGAUUAAAAUACAAUUAUAGAUAACUUUACUCUUAGACUCAAUAGCUACAAAAGUUAAGUGAUAACAAAAUAAGGUCAAAAAUAAGGAUGUAAUGAUAGCAAUGGAAUCGAAUCCAUUUCAGGUCCGUAUAAUGUAUCCUUUAUUACUGCUAAACAUCCUAAAUUGUUUAUAAAAGGAUUGUAAAAAUACAUUUAAGAAAGAUACUAACUUCAGUUUACUGCAUUAUAAGUAAAUGUAAUAAUUAACCUAAUAAUAGAGUAUACAAUAUGGUUUUAAUUUCAAUCUAUCCGAAUUUAGCUUUCAAAUUAAACUAUUUAGAAUUGAGAACUUGGAGAUAUUUUAUUGCUAAAUUAAUUGUAAUUAUCUAAAAAAUGAAAAGAAUGAUUUUGAAUACUAAAAUGUAAUCCAAGAUUUACAAACUAAUUUUGAAUUUUGA